AUGGAUCAGACUUUCUCUCAACGGGCUAUAGCUAUCACUGGCGGGGCCUCGGGAAUUGGUUUAGCGAUUGUGAAAGCGCUUGCGUCCCGUGGAGCCCACGUGUACAUUGCCGAUAUAAGUCCCAAUCUGCCACAGGAGCUUGCUACUCUGGACAAUGUUCAUUUCAAUGGAAACUGUGAUAUCACUUCACGUGUUGCCUGUAAGAAGUUCAUUGACGCAAUCCCUGGAAGGCUAGAUGGUCUUGUCAACUGUGCGGGGAUUUGCCCGGCAGAGAAUAAGAUUGUUUCAGACGAUUUGUUUGCCAAGAUCAUGGCAGUUAACGUCACUGGAUCGUGGAAUAUGGGAACUGAGGCCAUUCUUCGAAUGGCUGAUCAAGAGUCUCGCACCUCAGAAGGUCUUGUUCCGGGAUCUCAAAGAACUCUACCCGCGGGUGUUAUCGUCAACAUCACAAGUGGUGCGGCAAUGCGAGGCAUUGCCAAUCUUGCAGCAUAUUGUACAUCGAAACAUGCGGUGUUGGGAAUGACACGGGCUUGGGCAAAAGAUUGGCCGACUCUACGCAUCAAUUCUGUUGCCCCUGGAACCACGGAUACACCUCUUGCUCGAGGCGACGCGAAGACCAGCGGCAGUAAAGAGGAUAUAGAGAAACGAGUGGCACAGUUUACUUCUCGAAUCCCUCUGGGCAGAGUGGCAUAUGACACUGAUAUUGCUGACGCUGUGUUGUUCAUGCUAUCAGAUGCCGCGAGCUACAUCACCGGCCAGGUCCUCCCGGUGAAUGGCGGCUCUGAUUAA